GUUUCUUUACAUUUUUCACCCUCAAUUUUUACCCCCAAUCAUCUGCAUCAUCAUUCUCCUCUGGAAUCCAGUCAUAACAAAUACAUAGUGAUACAAAUCUCCAGACGAAUUCAUGGAGCUAUGGAAACGAGCUCGCACAUUAGCCGAAGAGACCGCGAAGCGCUCGCACGAUUUCACCGUGGAAGCUGCUCGCAAAUCUCAGGCAUUCACGGCGGAAGCUGCUAGGCGAUCGCAGGACUUCUCUAUCGGAUCUUCCAAACUCGCCGACAUUGUUUCCGAAGCGUCUAGAAAGGCCGAUUUGAUCAGAGUCGAGGCGAUUAAGCGAGCUGAUCAAAUCAAGUCUAAGAUUCCUAAUGCUUCUGCUCUUUCGAAAAUCGGUGUUUCGAGUCACGAGGAGGAAGAGGAGGAUUUGGAGAGGUUCGGAGUUACGGAGGAGUUAACAGAUUUUGUUAGGAAUAUCUCCGUUAGUACGUUUAAGGAGUUUCCGUUACAAGAUGACACUGAAAUGUCUGAUAUACCCACAGUCUCAAAUAUUCGCCAGGAUCUUACAAAAUGGCAAGAAGUACAUGCCAAACUUGUUCUUUCUACCGUGAAGGAGAUCUCAAAGUUAAGGUACGAGUUAUGCCCACGAGUCAUGAAGGAAAGAAAGUUCUGGAGGAUAUACUUUAUUCUUGUUAACAGUCAUGUGGCUCCGUAUGAAAAGCGAUAUAAUGAAGAUGCAAGGAGGAGAUCUGCUGAAGAAGUAAAAAAUGACAUGAAGAGUUCAGAAGUUGGAACACUUUCCAAAUCAGAAACUGGGAAGACAGUCCAGAAAACUAAGAGUGUUUCCUCGGCAGCUGCAGAGCAGGACUUAGAUGUAUUUCUCUUGGGGGAUCUUGGUGACAGUGAUGAUGCUCCAGACGGUAAAGAUGAAGGAUUCGAUGACGAUGACGACUUUGACAAGCUAUAAUACGUUAAUUAUGUGCAGGUAGAUGCAGGUAGAUGCAAAUUUAGAUGGAGAGUCACACAAGUGACUGCACAAGGUAAAGCCAAUGUUGCACAUAGAAACAAGGGAGCUAUAUAGUUCUCUGAGACUGGGAAAACAUAUUACAUACCUCGAGUAAUUUCCAAUUUGUAAUACAAUGUUAUCAUAUAUUUUAGCUUAUUAAUUGGGUUAAUUAUCAACUAGGUCACUUUUUACACCAGAAAAUAUCAAGUGGGUCACUCGGAAAUUUUUGGUCUCAUUUGAAUCAUUAAAGUCAAAAAAAAUAUCAAAUAGAUACCUCUAAUAUUUUUUCGAGAGGUAAACUUUAUUUUUCAUUGAGUUCCACACAUUUUUCUUGGUUUUUAGUAUAAGAAAAUGAAAAGCUAUGAAUUUAGUAUUUAUGAUAAUAUAUUUAGAUUUUAAGAAAUUUAUUUAUUAUUUAUUUGAUAUAAAUUAAACAAAAUAAUUUUAAAAUUAAAAAUAAAUAGUAAAUAAAUUUUUUAAAAUCUGAAUAUAUUAUCAUAAAUACUAGAAUUCAUAAUCUUUAAUUUGAUUAUACUAACAACCAAGAAAAACGUGAGCAACUCAAUGGAAAAUAAAGUUUACUUUUCGAAAAAAAUAUUAGAGGUAUCUAUUUGAAAUUUUUUAUGACUUUAGUGAUUCAAAUGAGACCAAAAAUUUCCGAGUGAUUCACUUGAUAUUUUCUAGGGUAAAAAGUGACCUAAUUGAUAAUUAACCCCUUAUUAAUUAGUUAAGGUUUGUUGCAUCAAUUAAAUUAGUUCUAAUUUUUGUUUGUAUAAUAAUUAUAGAUUAGUUUGGUAGUUAUGUUUAUGUGUAGAAGUCAUCACUCGGGCAUUUUCGGAUGAGUCUGAAGUUCUAUUAAAAAAUAGGUGUUCUUGUA